AUGCGGAUGUGUCUGCUCCUCCCGAGCAUUGCCAUCUAUAAAUCUCUGGUCCUGCCUGCAGACGACCAAAUCAUCCACCAACUACAACAGCCUUCAAUCCCAACAGCCAGCGUCAAGAUGAAGUACAGCCUCGUCGCUCUGGCCAUUAUCGGCUCUGCCCUCGCCUUCCCCAUCCAAGAUGAGGGUGAGCACCCUACCGCGCUCUCUACCCACUCGACUACCCACCCGGCAGUCUGCACCUCGACCAAGGUGGUGACGGUUACCGAGACCAAGAAGGCCACGGAUCCCCAGUCUACUCAUGUGGUGACGGUUACCGAGACGAAGAAGGCCUCGGAUCCCCAGUCUACUCAUGUGGUGACUGUUACCGAGACGAAGAAGGCCACGGAUCCCCAGUCUACUCAUGUGGUGACGGUUACCGAGACGGAGAAGGCCGCGUCCACCUCGAAGGCCUCUUCGUCUACCCACAAGGCUUCGUCGACUAGCCAUGCCUCUUCGUCUACCCACAAGGCCUCGUCGACUACUCACCCGGUGACCUCCUCUCACUCGACUAGCCAUGCCUCUUCGUCCACCCACAAGGCCUCGUCGACUACUCACCCGGUGACCUCUCACUCGACUACCCACGCCUCUUCGUCCACCCACAAGGCCUCGUCGACUACACACCACCCUUCGUCCACUUCGGCCAAGCCUACGCCUUCCUCGGACGAAGACUGCGACGUCGAGCACAAGGGCGACAAUGGUGAGCACAAGGGCUGGUGCAAGAAGGCUCAGCACUCCGGAACCUAUAAGAAUGGCAAGAGCGACUAA